ACACACUCCCGUAUGUAUAUAUAUAUUUCUGAUUUAGUUAUACCAUCAUCAACAAAUUUCCAAACAAUUAAGAAUCUUGUUUCUCUGAAAUGGGUAAAAGAAAAGAUACCUGUGCUGCUGCUGACGAUGAUGAAAUCAUGGAAGAAAACAAGCACAAUCAAAGCUUGUACGAGAUUCUCGGCGUAGAAAGAACAGCAUCUCAGCAGGAUAUAAAAAAGGCAUACCAUAAGCUGGCAUUGCGCUUACAUCCUGAUAAUAAUCCUGAUGAUGAGAAUGCCAAAGAAAAAUUUCAGCAACUGCAGAAAGUUGUAUCAAUACUUGGAGAUGAGGAGAAACGAGCACUAUAUGAUCAGACUGGCUGUGCUGAUGAUGCUGAUCUUGCUGGGGACAUGUUUCAAGAUUUAAAGGACUUCUUCAGAUCCAUGUACAAAAAGGUCACAGAGGCUGAUAUUGAAGAAUUUGAAGCCAAUUACAGAGGAUCCGAAUCAGAGAAAACAGAUUUAUAUGAUCUUUACAAGAAACACAAAGGUCAUAUGAACAAGCUCUUUUGCUCCAUGUUAUGCUCGGAUCCUAAACUUGAUUCUCAUCGAUUCAAGGAUAUCCUUGAUGAGGCAAUUUCUGCAGGUGAGUUGAAGUCAACCAAAGCGUAUCAGAAAUGGUCUAAACAGGUGUCUGACACAAAACCACCCACAAUCCUAUUACGUCGUAAGGAAAAAUCAAAGAAAGAGUCGGAUGAUCUAUAUGCCAUCAUUUCACAGCGACAAAGUGAGAGGAAAGGCCGUCUAGACUCGAUGUUUUCCUCUCUAAUCGACAAAUAUGGUGGUGGGCAACCGAGUUCUGAACCCACUGAAGAAGAAUUUGAAGCUGCCAGGGAAAAGCUUGAAAAACGCAAGGGUUCUAGCAAAUCUAAACACAAGUAACUAAAUCGCUAAUAUGUAUGUUUGUGUGUGUCUGCAAAUUCUAUACCAUCCUUAUAACUUGUGAAAUAGUCUAUACUUUUUGCCCAUUAUGUAUGCAUCUU